AUGCCGGCUGCUUCUGGUAGCUCACAGGGUUCUCAGAAACCGCUCAAGCAGUUCUCCAUCUCGUCCUUCCUGCCCUCGCAGCUCGGUUCCUCUGCGGCAUCGUCUUCAAAGUCAUCGAAGCCGCCUACACAGCGCAAGCCGGGCAAGUCGAAGGGCGAGAAUGGGGCGGACGACGUCCUGAGCGAGGAGGAGUUCAAGCAGCCGGCGCUGCCGAAGAAGAAGCGGAAAGCGGACGGGGAAGGCAAGCGGGCGGCUAAGAAGUCGGCUGUACUGGAUCUGACUGCAGACGACGAGGAAAUCGAGGUUGGCACAUCGUCAAGCCCUGCUUCAUCCCCUCGGGUAUCGAAGAAAGGCAGGGCGCCCGCGGCGAACGGGAAGGGGAAGGGGAAAGCGGUCGAGAUGGAGGAGGCGACAGACGAGGAGGGCGUCCUUGACCUGUGGGUGGACAAGUAUGCACCACGGGAUCGCGACGACUUGUCAAUUCAUGCACGCAAGAUUACCGACGUCGAAAAGUGGCUCACCGAAUCCUUCACCCUCACAUCGUCCGAUCCGAACCCGAAACUCGCCAAGUACCGUCGCGUGCUCGUCCUCUCGGGGCCUGCCGGGGCUGGCAAGACUGCGACCGUCAAGGCGCUUGCGAACGAGAUGGGCGCCGAGAUUGUCGAAUGGAAGGAGGGAACGAACGUAGACUACGCCAACGAUGACGCUCGGGAAUCGCUCGUCCACCGCUUCUCCUCCUUCCUCGCUCGAGCAGGCAUGGCGUCGGCUCUCGACUUUGGGCCUGAUCCCUCCGACCCGUCAUCUUCAACGUCGAGCGCAACCCCCUCGGCCAAAGUCGAAGAUGGCAGCUCACCGUCUCGGCGCCUCAUCCUCCUCGAAGAUCUGCCCAACGUCUCGCACUACCCGACCAAGCUCGCCCUCCGCUCAGCCAUCAACCAAUAUCUGACAUCGCCGCGUGUCACUUCGCCUCUCGUCGUCAUUAUCAGUGAAGCGAUGGCUCGACCGGGCGACGAUGAUGGCGGCGGAGCAGGUUGGCUCAACGGGAACGGCCGUCGAAGGGAGAGUCUCGAUGCAAGGAGCGUCCUUGGUAUCGAGAUCCUCAACCACCCGGCCUGCCGCGAGAUCUCCUUCAACCCCAUCGCGCCGACCAUCAUGCGCAAAGCGCUCGUCCGCAUGCUCGACCGCGCAUACUCCUCGCCAAAUCCACCUCUCACAGCCGCUCGACCCUCACAAGCCACUCUCGACCUCCUCAUCGCACACUCGUCCGGCGAUAUUCGAUCGGCGGUCAUGAGCUUGCAGUUCUUGACGACGGAGGGAACGGGAGACGCGACGAGCUUUGGCGCUGGUGCGAAGGGCGGCAAGGCGAAGAAGGGUGUGAAGAAGGGGAAGAAGCGGAAGCGUGGCGACGUCAGCGGCGGCGAGGAUGCGGAUAGCUCGACGUCGUACGGUGGGAAGGAGAAGGUCAAGCAGCUACUGCAGUUCGUCACCGCGCGCGAGUCUUCCCUCUUCAUCUUCCACGCUCUCGGUAAAGUCCUAUACAACAAGCGAUGGGGUCAAUCCGCCGAAGACGACAAGAAGGAUCUUGGGCGGACCGGCAUCUUACAGGAAAGACAGUCCGACAAGCUGCCAAAGCACUUGCGGAAGCAGUGGACGAGGGAACCGAGCAAGGUUGAUCCCGACGUACUGUUCGCCGAAGCUCCGCUUGACACCGACGUCUUUCUCUCGUAUCUGCACCACAACUAUCCGCCUUUCACGAACGAGAUCGAGGAGUGCAGCGGGAUCAUGGACGCUCUGAGCGAGUCGGACGCGUUAAUGACCCUGCAGGGCGAAGGCGAGGAGGCGUACCGCCGGCUUCCGCUCACGUCACUCUAUGCCUUCCAAGUCUCCGUCCGCUCGACGCUGCUCAACCUGCCGUCUCCCGUCCCUCGCCGCAAGCAAGUUCUGCGCAAGUCGGAACUGUGGGAGACGCUCAAGCUGCGAAGGCAGAACGAGGAAGGCUUGGACGAGAUCGGAGGCAAAGAGGGUUUGUGGAGGGAGGAGAAGCGGUCGGUCGUGGCGGAGCGCGUGCCGUGGAUGGGCGUCAUCAAGCCAAAAGACGCGAACCCUUUCCUUCUCGAUCUCGCCACAUUCCCGCCUCUCACCGAAGCCGCACAACCGAUCGUAACCGGCGGUGCGCUGGGGGAGAAGGAGGGAGCGCUAGAGGAGGUCGACGGAGAAGUUCUGGUCGACACGAGCGCGCCGCCGUCGCGGACGUCGGGCGGCGCCAGCGGGAAGAAUGCACGCUCGAGGGUUCUGGAAGAACUUGACGAGGAGGAUGCGGAGGAUACGCAUGAGGUUAUGCAGGGCGAGCGGGAGCCGCUUCUGUACGAUCCAGACGACGACAUCGAGGAUUGA